AUUAAUUCCAAUGGUGUUGGAGGCGGAAAUGUAUUUGUUGAAGCUUUGUCUCCUUCAGGGAAACUGAGGAAGUGCACAGUUGUAGAAAAUGAUGGUGUAUAUACCGCCACAUUCACUCCAGAUGAAAUUGGUGAAUGGAAAAUUAUAGUUACCUAUGCAGGUGAACACAUACAAGGCAGCCCAUUUAUGUGCUAUGUAUAUGACCCCUUAAAAGUGAAGGUGCAAGGUUUAGGGCCUACACUUAAAGGCAAAGAUAAAACAUUUAUUAUAGAUGCCAGUUCUGCAGGCUGGGGAGAGAUGAAGAUUGAAUUAUUCCACAACUCAUUUCCUGUUCCUUUAGUAAUUGACCAGCAAGGAAAUGGAAUCUAUAAAGUGUCAUUUAACCCAUCUCAUUCUGGGCGUUAUCAGCUUAAUGUUACAUUUAAUUCCAUAAACAUUAAAGGAUCUCCAUUUACUUUCAAGGUUGCAGAAAGUGACAAGGAUUUAAAAGGGACUGAUAUUGAAAGUCGUAUUGAAGAAAAUAAAAUGAAAAAAGAAAGGCAUAUCCCCAUCAAAGAAAUUCAGCGUAAUCAUAUAUCUUUGGAUGGCCCUGCUAUAACUCCUACAAAAGUAUUUGAAAAUCAUACUCACUCAAAAGUCUCUGAAGCUAUAAAUAAACAGAGCAAUGGCAGCAUUUAUUCAAGUAAAGAAAAUGUUUAUCAGUCAGUAAAUACAGAAAAAUUUACACAUAUUAAAGCUAUGAAUAAUGCAAAUUUAAAUCAAGAAAACUUAAGCUUCUUACAAAGAGCUGAAUUAGUGAAUAGCAAACUAAUGGCUCAUAAAGAUGACUCUAAACGGUCUAAAGCUCCUGCACCCCCUACUCCCAAAAAGCCUGUUUCAUAUGACAAUGGCAUAAAUAGUUUGACUUCUAAAGAAGCUGAAAAAUCUAUUGAGUCUCAGAAGCAGUCAUCAAAAAUUAUGAAUGAAAAUUCACAGUUUUUAACUGAGCAGCAUAUUUUAACUCAGUACACAAGUCAGCAUACUGGACUUCAGAAAAUAUUUUCAGAAAAUGUUGAAGGCCAAGGUGUUAAGCCAAAAGUUUUUCUAAAAAAGGUAAAAGAUGCUCGGGAAAAUGAUGGAGUGUUAUUAAAUCCUAAUAUAAAACAUGCUUUAAAUGAGUAUUCAUGUAUUCCAUCUUCUACAAAAUAUAAAAAAGAAGUGAUAGAUAUUACACAAGUGAAAGCUGAAGGGGAAGGUCUGAAACUUGUUCCUGUAAAGCAACCUGCUACAUUUGUACUGCAUGCUCCAUGGUUGAAACAAGAUGAUAUUCAAGUUACAGUUACAGCACCAUCAGGCAGAGAAAUACCUUUUAGACUGGAAUUUGUUAGUCAUGGAAAGUAUCAAGUUGAAUACAUAACACCAGAAGUUGGAGAACAUUCCAUUGAAGUUAACAUAGCAGGGAAACAACUUAUUGGUAGUCCAUUUCACUGUUUUGCUUAUGAUGCUUCACAAAUAAAAGUUGGAAAAAUCCCAAAUGGAACAGUUGGUAAACCUGUUGAAUUUGAAAUUAAUGGGGCUGAGGCUGGAUCAGGCAAUCUAGAAAUUUUGGUAAAUGGUGGUCAUGUGACAAGCAAUGUUCAAAGUUUGGGAAAUUACUGCUUUCUGGCUUCUUUCAUUCCUCAUACUGCAACAACCCACACAAUUGAAAUGAAGUUCAAUGGCCAUCAUGUGCCUGGUUCUCCCUGGAAAUGUGAAGUGAGUGAAAUGGGAAAGAAUCUGUCUGUGAGAGGAGAAUGCUUCAAAUCUUUCAGAAUAAGACAUCCUACAUCAUUUGAGAUAACUGCUGUAGGGUAUAGCAAAGAUGAUAUCAAAGUUAAUAUUUAUGGUCCAGCAGUGAUUGCAAUUCCAUCAAAAAUAAUAGAAAUAGGCAGUGGAAUAUACCAAGUAGAAUUUUUUGUUUUUGAAGUUGGAAGUUACUCGAUACAUGUCAUUGUUGAUGGCCAUCAUUUACCUGGAAGUCCUUUUACAGCAAAAGCUUACUCUUCAUCUGAUAUCCAUGUCUUGGAUAUACCUCAAACAUGUCUAGUGGGACAUAGUUGUCAAUUUCAAGUUGAUGCAUCUCUAGCUGGUGAAGGUCAGUUGGAAAUCUCAGUUAAUGAUGGAAAAGUACCAAAUCAAGUUCAAGUUUUGGGAAAUGGCCGCUGUCUUGUGAGUUUUCGACCUGAAUCUUCUGGACCACAUACCAUUGAUAUGAAGUUUAAUGGAGAAAAUGUUCCUGGAUGCCCUAAAGUAGUAGAAGCAACUGAGUCAUCAUAUUCCGUUGAACUUUCCACUCAAGAUUUAGUACCAGUCAACCGAAUAGCUCAUUUUUCUGUCAGUGUCAAAGGAGGAAGAGAAGCUGAUUUGAAAGUUUUUGUUUCAUCUCCAUCUGGUGUGAAGAUACCUGCAAAAUUGUUUGCUGAUCCCAAAAGUGGUUUUAUUGGAGACUUUUUACCAAAAGAAGUUGGUCCACAUUUAUUGUUCAUUGAAUAUGGUGGAAGGAAGGAUAUCAGCUCUCCAUAUACUAUUAAAGUGUACGAUGCAUUACAGGUGAAAGUUAGCAAAAUUGGUGAUGGAACAUUGGGAAAAAAUUAUCAGUUUACUGUGGAUGCAAGUCAUGCUGGUGAAGGUAAUUUAGAAAUCACUGUCAGUGGGCAAGGACGUAAUAUUCCAACUCAAGUUCAUCCUUUAGGCAGUGCAAAGUUUGCAGUUUCAUUUAUACCAUCAGAAAUGAUUGAUCACUUCAUCAGUAUUUCAUUCAAUAAAGAAGCUGUGCCAGGUAGUCCAUUUAAGGUGAAAUUAGUAGAAUCUCCUAGCAAAGUGUCUGUGUCUGGAUCAAACCUUGUGGCUGCUGCUAUAAACAAAACUGCUUGCUUUAUUGUUCAUGGUGUUACAUCAGAUAACCCUAAUUUCUCCAUUGAGAUUCAAGGUCCUGAUGGAAGUAAUAUUCCGUACAAAAUUAAAGAUUUACCUGAAAAUGCAGUGAAAGUUGAGUUCUCCCCUCUGAAAACAGGUGAAUACAGUAUUCAUGUACUUGUAAACAGUAGUCCAGUAGGAGAAAGCCCAUUUAUCACAAAAGUUUAUGAUCUCAAGCAAAUUAAAGUGAAAGAAAUUCCUAGAGGAACAGUUGGAAAGCCAGUGACAUUUAUAGUUGAAACAUCUAAUGCUGGACCAGGAAACUUGGAAGUUACUGUUAAUAAAGGUCAAGUUGCAACAGUUCCUCAGGCACAAAGUCCAACACAGUAUGCAAUAUCCUUCACUCCUCAGGAAGCAAAGUGUCAUAUUAUAGAUUUGAAGUUCAAUGGAGAACCUGUUCCAGGAAGCCCAUUUGAGUGCCUCGUAGUUGAUUCAACAAAAAUUAAAGUAAAAGGAGAUGGUAUUGAAAAGGUUGCUGUAAAUACACCAGCAUCAUUUAUCAUAGACUGUGGUGGUGUUGAUGUAGGAGAAAUUCACUGCACAGUUUUUGGACCAAACCAACUUCCAUUGAAAUCUUUUAUUCAUGGAAAUUACAAUAGUGGGUAUAAAGUAGAAUAUACUGCAGUUGAAGUUGGGGAUCAUGCUGUAGAUAUAAGAGUUGAUGGGCAACCUAUUGCUUCCAGUCCAUAUUUGGUGAAAGUAUAUGAUGCAUCACGUGUGAAAGUUACAGAUAUUGGAUCUGGAGUUGUUGGAAAGCCUGUUUAUUUCAGCAUUGAUGCAAGUCAAGCUGGAGCUGGAAACCUGGAGAUUAUUGUGUCAGUUGGUGGUAGAAAUGUUCCAAACUAUGUUCAGUCAGAAGGCAAUGCCAGAUUUAGAGUAAAUUUUAAGCCUACUGAAGCACAGACUCAUACUUUGAGUGUUAAAUUUAAUGGAGAACCUGUACCAGGUAGUCCUUGUUACAUAAAAGUUACAGAUAGCAGUCAGUCUGUGGUUACUGGAUCAUCUUUAAGAAUGACUUCUUUGUCACAAGGAGCACAUUUUACUGUAGAUACGAGAGGAUUUGAAAAUGGAAACUGUAAAGUUGUUGUUACUGGUCCAACAAUUAAGAAUGUUCCUGUGACUGUUAAUAAAACAUCUAGUACCACAUUUGAUGUUACUUUCAAUCCUCAAGAAGUUGGUCCUCAUCAAGUUUUGGUAACACUAGAUGAUGUUCCUUUGCCAGGGAGUCCAUUUACUUGCAAUGUGUAUGAUGUUUUUAAAGUAAAAGUAUCUAAACUAGUCCCUGGUUUUGUAGGAAAGCCUUGCACCUUUCAAGUGGAUGCAUCCCAAGCAGGGGAAGGAACAUUAGAACUUGUUGUAACUACACGGAAGUCAUCAGUUAGAGCAGAAGUAUCAAUGAGAAGUCGUGGUCUUUAUGAUGUUACUUUCGUACCUCAGGAUAAAAUCUCUCAUUAUGUUAAUAUUACAUUUAAUGAAGAAGAUGUUCCAGGUAGUCCUUUCAAAAUUGAAGUUCAUCAUCCUUCAUCUGGUAAAGGAGGAUCAGUGAUUGCAAAUGGAGAAGGUUUAAAGCAAGGUCUAGUUGGAUCUAUGAAUAUUUUUGAUAUUGAAACAAAUGGCUUAGAGGGAGACAUAGAAGUAAAAGUAACAGGUCCUAAUGGGAAUGCUGUUCCUGCAUCAGUUAUUAAUAUGAAGCAUGGCAGUCACAGAGUAGAAUAUCAACCACAUGAAAUUGGAACUUACAAAGUUGAAGUCCUUCAUCAAGGCAAUACAAUUUCUAGCAAGCCAUUCCUUGUUGAAAUAUGUGAUCCAAGCAGAGUAAAAGUAAUUGAUGUUGAAGAUGGAAUUAUUGGAAGGGAACAAAUUUUUAAAGUUGAUGUGUCUCGAGCUGGAAGAGGUACUUUAAACAUAUCCAUUACUUCAUCAGGCCGAGAUGUUAAGUAUAAUUUGAGAGAAAUCAACCCGGGAAUGUACGAAGUUGCGUAUGUGCCACUUUCAGAUCACCCUCAUAAAAUAGAUGUAUAUUAUAAUGGUCAUCAGGCACCAGGGUGCCCCCAAAUUGUAGAAAUCCGUGAUCCAAGUCAUUCCAUCAUAGCUCAUGGAUCUGGAUUGAAAUCCUCACCUUGUGGAAAAACUGCUUCAUUUUUUAUUGAAACUGGAGGAUUUGGAGAAGCAAAAGACUUUGAUAUCAUAGUUAUUUCUCCUCUUGGUUCUCCUCUGCCUGUUAAAUGCUACCAGCAGAAAGAUGGAAGCUUGCUUGCAGAAUGGUCAGCACAGCAAGCAGGAAAUCAUAAGAUUGAGGUACUUUAUGCUGGAAAACCAAUAUCAGGAUCACCGUUUUCAUGCCAGGUAUUUGAUGCAACUAAAGUUGCUUUGCAGAAAAUUAAAACUACUACAUUUGCUGUGGGAGAAAAUAUAUCCUUUACUUUGAACCGUAGGGAUGCUGGUUAUGCUGAAUUAGAUGUCACAGUUACAAGUCCAUUGGGAAGGCAUUUGCCAAUUGAAGUGAAAGGCACUUCAGAUGGUGAAGGGGAACUCAUUGAAUUCACUCCAACAGUUCCUGGAAAAUAUAAAAUUGCAAUAACAUAUGGAGGAAUCGAAGUACCAGGUAGCCCAGUCACUUUCAUUGCACAAGAUAGUGGAGUUCCAAAAGUGGAGGGAUCUGGUCUCACUGUUGCUCAAGUUGGAUGUUCAGCUUCUUUUAAAAUAAUAUCAAAAGGACUGUGGGGUCAUCCACAAGUUACAGUAGAUGGACCAGAAACUGAAGCCGAUGUUAUCAUUAAAGAAGAAGAAGAGGGUGUAUAUAUAGUUUCUUAUGUUCCUCAGGAAACUGGUCUUUUCGAUGUCAAAAUUUUGUGGAAUAACAAAGAAAUUCCUGGAAGUCCAUACCAUCCACGUGUGGUAAAUAGUGCUAAAAUGAGGGUUAUUGGUGGGCUUGAAAAUGUAGUUGAUGAGCACAAUCACAUUCCUCUUGUUGCUGGUGAAGAAAAGCGCAUUCCAUUUGAUAUAUCUGAUGCUGGCCCAGGAAAACCAAGAGCUGAAGUUAGAGGCCCUUCUGGUAUGAUACCUUCAAAAUUUGAUCAGACUGGUAGCCAUAGGUAUCAUCUUGUAUUUACGCCUAAGGAAGGAGGAGAGCAUCAGAUUUAUGUAUAUUUUGCUGACAUACCACUUCCCGCAUCUCCAUUCCUUGGAUAUGCUGAAGAGCUUGGACCUGCUCCAGAUCAUACCCGUGUUGUUUUACGAGGUCAUGGAUUAACUGGUGCGAAAGUAGGCGAGGAAGCUGAAUUUAUAAUUGAUGGGUCAGAAGCAGGACCAGGUUCACCUGAAGUUACUCUUGGUGGUGUAAAAGCAGACAUUCCAGUCCAAAUACUUCCAGUUGGUAAUAAUGUAUACAAAGUUCUUUAUACACCCAGUGUGCAAGGAGCAUAUUUAUUGAAUGUUAUGUGGUCUGAGCGUCAAGUGAAAGGAUGCCCUCUGAAAGUAACUGUUACUGCUGGUUGUGAUGCUGAGAAAGUGUCUUGUUCCGGGGAUGGUCUCCGUGGUGGAACUGUAGGCAAAGAAAUAAAAGCUUUCAUUGAUACUAGGAAAGCUGGACCAGGUGAAUUAACAGCUCACUGCAUGGGCCCUCAUAAAGUAGCUUAUUGUGAAUUAUAUGAUCAUAGAGAUGGCACGUUUACUUUAUAUUUAAAACCACAAGAAGGUGGACGUCAUGUACUCACUGUAAAAUAUGGAGGAGAACAUGUGCCAGGUAGUCCAUUUACAAUACGUAUUGCUGGUGCCCCAGAUGCUUCCAAAGUAAGAGUUUAUGGCCCUGGGAUUGAACCUGGUGUCUUGGCUACAUACCAAAGUCGAUUCAUUUGUGACACUAGAGGAGCAGGUGCUGGGCAACUUACAGUACGAAUUCGGGGCCCAAAAGGAGCCUUUCGGGUUGAAAUGCAACGGGAAAGCCAGAAAGAUAGAACUAUUCUUUGCAAGUAUGAUCCUACAGAGCCUGGUGAUUAUCGUCUAGAAGUGAAGUGGUCCGGAGAACAUGUACCAGGUUCUCCAUUUAUGGUGAUGAUAUUUGAUACUCAAGAAGAGCUUAAUCAUUAUAUACAGGGACAGUAUCAGGCGCAAAGUGGAGGACCACCACCUUUACCUCCAGCUGAUUAUUUUGGUGGUAGUUUAACAUAUAGUACUGGUUUUGGUCAAAUGUCUUGGAGGGGAUCUACUGCCGAACUUUAAAGUUUAUACAUAAUUGCAGAACUUUUAUCCCUACCUUCAAUCCGUCCAAGAUCACUGUAUACAAUUCAUUUUCAUCUUGAUAACAUUUCUGUUAUUAAUGGCUUUAAAUUUAAUAUACUUAUAUAAGAAGAGAUAUUUUAGGUCAUUUAGUGUUAAUACAAUACAAGGGUAUUUCAUAAAUCAUAUCAAUGUUAAAAAAGCAUGUAAGAGUUUGGAUUAAUAGUUUCAAAACUCAAAUUCUAAAGAUAUGUACAUGGAAGUUAGCAAUCUCAUUUUACUGUAAAAAUUAUUAUUUCAUAGUAUAGUUAUAUUAACACUUUAUCUGAUCUUUUAUUGUAAAAUAUAAAAUUCAUUUAAAAGAGAAAGUUUUGUUUUUAAAAUGUAUCUUUGACUUAAACAUGUUUAAUGGCAUUAAUAUUUUUUAUUUUUCAGAAGCAAUUAUAUAUUGUAAUGUAUGAAAGAAAAUAUAUAAGUAAUUGUAUAGUAGCUACUGCUUGCAAGGUAGCCAUUUUAAAAUUGAUUUUUUUCCCUUGAUAUAUUUUCAUUAGAGUUUAAUUUUCUCCUUUAGUUCCUAUAUGGAAAAAGGCAUAUCUUUAAAAAAUAGAAUAUGAAGAAUUAUUAAAUUUAUCAAUUAAAUCUGCUUCUUCUAAUGUAAGAACAGCUUUAGAGUUAUUUUAUAACUGUUCAUUUUCUAUGUGAAAUAUGUUCACUUAAAUUUUUUGUUCACAAAAUGGAUUUCAAAAUUUCUUUUUAUCACUCAUAAUUGUGUUCCUUUAUUUCCCCAAAAUAGUUUUAGUGAUAAUUAAAAAUGUAUAUUAAAAUUAAUAUUUUAAACAUGCUGAUAUUUUUAUAAUUUUUUUCUUAUUAUUUUGUUUAUGGAAGAAAUCAAACUUUGUAAAUUU